CUAUAUUUUGAAUGAUUGCAAAAAAAAUUUCAAAAAAUCUUUUUUAGGGAGGGUAAAAUUUGAAGUCAAAGCCAAAAAUUAAAAAUGGGAAAAAGUCAAACUGGGAAAAAAAAAUUAGGACAGAGGGAGUAUUUUUUAUUCAUUAGAGUUGGCAUCUCCGUUUUUGUUUCACUUGAAAUCGAGUUAACUUACAAGAAUUUAUAUACUGUGUACAUUUCCCAGUCAUUCUGUUGAGCCGAGAAAGAACGAUGGCGAAUUUGUACGUAAAGGCGGAGCCUCCGGCGGAUCUGAACCGGAACACAGAGUGGUUCACGUACCCGGGGGUUUGGACGACCUACAUAUUCAUCGUCUUCUUCGCGUGGCUCGUCGUUCUCUCCGUCUUCGGCUGCUCUCCCGGCAUGGCUUGGACCAUAGUCAAUCUCUCCCACUUCGCCAUCACUUAUCACUUCUUUCACUGGAAGAAGGGAACCCCAUUUGCUGAUGACCAGGGAAUGUACAAUGGGUUGACUUGGUGGGAGCAAAUAGACAAUGGCAAGCAAGCUACCCACAAUAGAAAGUUUCUAACUGUUGUGCCUGUGGUUCUGUACUUGAUCGCCUCGCACACGACCGAUUACCAACAUCCAAUGCUUUUCCUCAACACACUCGCCGUACUAGUCCUAGUGGUCGCAAAGUUCCCCAACAUGCACAAGGUUCGAAUCUUUGGAAUCAACGGAGACCAGUGAGUCGGUUCUUUUGAAACCAUUCCAACAUACAUAUGGUUCCCGCCCGUCCGCCCAUCCUUUUCGACAACAACAACAAAAAAGGUAAUGUAUCUCUGUAUAGAAUGCCAGAGGUUGGGAAGUUCAUCAACUUGUGUAGUGAUCUUUCUUUCUUUUUUGUGUGUGUGUGCUCAAACCACUUCUUCUCAGGUGUACAGUCAAAAAGCAUAUGUGUCUGUUAAUUAAUGAUCACAACUGGUUUUCAUACACUUUAAUUAUUUCACCUCUCAGAAAAUAAUUACUGCGCUUUGUUCAGCCUGUGUGAGACAUGCAGUCAAAUUUUUCAGUUCUGGGAAUCACUUGCAUACCUCUGGCAGGCAUUUCAGGUGCUGAAUUUAUUCUCUGGAUUGGUCUUUGAUUUGUGCCCCUUCUUUUUUUUAGUGGAAAAUGGAUGGAAAUUUUUUUCCUU